UUUGCUUUCGGUGAGCACCUGCAUAAUGAGCCAAACGUUUCUCAUGAUAUCUGUUGGAUUCGGUUUUGGCGUGGGGCUAGUGAGAUUUGCCAACAGCGUAUGUACCACUGCUGCCAACAUUGAGGGUAUCUGCUACAGAAGGCGACAAUGUGCUGAUAUCAAUGGAGUGGCAUCUGGUGCAUGUGCCAAUGGAAUUGGAGUUUGCUGUAUCAUUUUGAGAACCUGUUCAGAAUCCUCUUCGCACAACGGCACCUAUUUUACGAAUGCAGCAUACCCUACAGCAGUUACUGGAAGUUCGAGAUGUUCUAUGGAGAUCCAGAAAUGUAAUAGUAAUAUUUGCCAGGUAAGAAUCGACUUUCUGAGUCUCGUUUUGGCCCAGCCGAACGCCACUGGUUUUUGCACCACCGACGCCCUCAUCAUCACAGGAGGCGGCGGCACGGUGCCGGUCAUCUGCGGGGACAACACCGGCCAACACGUCUACGUCGAUUUCAACGGAGACGAGAAUAUCCUCAUGACCAUCACGACUGGAAGCGCCUCGACUCUGGGCAGGUCGUGGAAUCUGAAAAUUACCCAAAUCGCCUGCGAUUGCCCUACAAGAGCACCUGCUGGAUGUUUGCAGUUCUACAACACUACAACUGGAACUGUAACAAGCUUCAAUUACGGUGUGGGUAGCAAUAUCAUUGAUGCGACUACGGGUCUACCAGGAACAAGAGAAUUGGUGAAUGAAAACUAUGGAAUAUGCGUGGGAAUGCUCCCAGGAUAUUGUUCAAUACAGUGGACUUCCAAUGGGUUUUCCGUCAGUGGAAUACCUGGUGGUGAAUUUGAUGCUUUGUCAAACGGAGACUGUACCACAGAUUUCGUAGUGAUAGCCAAUCCGUUCAAUCCUAACGGAGUAGCCUUGGGUACUGAUAGGUUCUGCGGAACUUCCUUCAAUACCGUUGUUAGUACUCUGAAACCGUUUGUGCUAUAUGUUGUCACUAAUGGCGAUGAAAUAAAUGAUGUAGCUAACUCAGGAUUUUCUUUGAGUUUCACUCAACAACCGUGUACCAAUACAGCAGCAGCACUUCUUGGAAAAUAGAUGAGUGCCAGGAACAGUUGGAGUAUUAGAUUUCUUGAACAUACUGCAGAAGAUGAAGAUGGAUAGAGUGAAAAUAUAAAUGGAGUUAUAUCAAUAUAGUGUUUAUGUUUGGAUUUUGUAUAUUGAACUCAUAAUAUAAUGAAACAUUGAUAUGUUCAAUAUAAUUAGGAGUUUCUCAUUACCCUAGAAGAAUGGAUCCACUGCAUCGCAACUGACUAAAGUCCAGUGAAAAUCCUAGAUUACCGGUAUCGUUCACUUCAUUAGAAUCGGUUACCACUGUGAGAACGA